AUGGCCUCUGUUGUUGUUCGUCCUGCAGAUGUAGGAUUUGUUGCUUCACUGGCCCGAGUGUUAAUGAAAUUGGUGGGAGAAAACAAUGGUUCUGUGGGAAUUGUUACACUAUUUCAUGCUGUUAAUGAACCAAAUAUCAGCAUUGGGGAGUAUAUCACAAGAAUUGCCAGGUAUGCCGGUUGUAGUACUGAAUGUUUCGUCCUCUGCCUAGUAUAUAUUGAUAGGGUUUUGAGGCAACACAAGAACUUUGUUAUCUCAGUGUUAAACAUCCACAGAUUAGUUAUAACAUCUGUGAUGAUUGCUGCGAAAUUUUAUGAUGAUUUAUACUAUUCAAAUUCAUUCUAUGCAAAAAUAGGAGGGGUUAAAACAACAGAAAUCAAUUUAUUGGAGGCACACUUUUUGUCAUUAAUUGACUUCGAUCUAUACGUUUCAGGGGUUGACUAUGAGAUUUGCAGGAGUAGAGUUGCCAACUCUGAGUGGUGGUCACUCGAGUGUUUAAACUCUUCAAAGCUUUUGAAUUUGAAUAAUCAACGCAUUGGAAUUGUCAAUAAGACUUGUAAAUCAAUUUAUUCUAUUAAAAGCGAUUCAGUAACCACUUCACUGUGUGAUCCUGUGCCCAAUUGUGUCCAUAGAGCUGAUAAAAAUGAAUUGUUACAAAGAAUGGAUACAACUUAUCGGAAUGAUGUUAGGGUUAGAAUUGACAAUAAGUUACACCAAAUACAGCAUCUUCAGCAGCUUAGCAAUGGUCAGAGGGAGAAAUAUCAGUAUAAUAUUGCCCGAUAUAAUGAACCAUUUGGUAAUAGAUACGAUAAUAAUGAGUUUAAACCUCGUCCGAAUGCCCAGUUUAAUAAUCAUAACAUUGCAAAUAAUGGGAUAAGUUGCACAUCAUCUGCAUCCGCUGCUGCGGCUGCAGUUUCUGUUAAUAAUGGUAAUAACAUAUAUGAAAUGAUUGGACAGUUAAAUUUACAAAAUUCAUAUAUACCAACGUGUGCUAAGCAUAAUCCGCAACAACUUAAGCAGCAAGAACAAUUGUUAGACAGGUAUUAUUCAAUGCAAUCAAGCGCUCCUAUUUCGCAAGCCAUGCCUGGAAUGUGUCGAAAACAACAGUAUCAACAUGGAAUAAAUUCACAACAAAUACGUCAUUUGCAACAAUUACAGCUGCGACAAUUACAACUCUAUAGACGUGACAUAAUUGAACGUCAAUCACGAAAUGUACAAAAUACAACAGUUAUACAACACCGCAAUCACAUACCACUGUAUCCAUGUCAGCAACAACAUAACUAUCAUAACUAUAAUGGUUGCAGUAACUCUAUUAGUGGGUAUAACAAGUGUGUUAAUAAAAUGAUUCGGCGGGAUUUCGAUUGUUGGAGUGGUGAAGUGAGGGGGAAACCUCAAUAUCGACGGUCCAUCACUCGGCAUGUUUCUGAUCGUCCAGUACCAAUUGGAUGUCCAUCAUUCCAGGCUUACGAUUAUUGA